AUGGAUGACCUAUUCAGUAAAUUUGUGCAUCAUGGUGGCUAUUUUACUGAGAACCCUAAAAAAUAUGUGGGAGGUGAAGUAAAUGUAGUUGAUAAUUGUGACCCUGAUAAGUGGUCCAAGGUUGAGAUAGAGGGUAUAUGUAGGGACUUUGGGUACAUAUCUAUUAGCAGGCUGUGGUAUACAAUGCUUGGUAUGGACCAAGAAAGGGCAAAAUUCCAUUUGGUUGUUGAUGAUGAUGAUGCCAUGUACAUGACAGAAUUAGUGAAGGGUCAUGAAAAGAUUCAUGUGUAUGUGGAGCACCAAAUAGAUGAUCCUAUACUAGAUGAAGGAGAGGAUGUUAAUAAGGGUGUGCAGCCAUUGGUAGUGGAGCAAGGCCCUUUGGGUUAUUAUAGUGAUUAUAGUGAUGAAAGUGAUGAUGAUGACCAUAAUGGGGGUGAAUUUUACAGUUUUUAUGAUAGUGAUGACAUGUAUGCUAACAAUCAAACUUUUAACAAUGAGGAUAAGCCAACUGAGGUGGAUGUUGAACAGGUGUAUGUUAGGAGAGUUGCUGCUUCUCAUGUGGGUUCAAGGAGAGUAGGUAAAGAACCUAUCAUUGAGAACCCACCUGAGGUCUUUAUUAUAAGUGAUGGCAAUGAUAGUGGGGGAAGUGGUGGUGGGAUUUAUAUAAGUUUAGCAGUUAGGGACUUUGUUGAAGACAGUAGUGACAGUUGGGAUGGUAAGGAUGAUGAUGAUGUUGUUGAACCAGGCCAAAUGGGUGCUAGUGUAAUGAACUUUGAUUAUGAGAGUGAGGAAUUGCAUAGUCUAGUGGAAUCAUCAUCUGAUGAUGAGCUUGGGAUUGAGUAUAUCAGGCUAUAUCUGAUAACUAGGUUCCAAGAGAACAGAAAGAAGGGUGUAAGACUAGAGUCAAAUAUUUGUGCCAAGGUGAUGAAGAGGUUGCACAAGAAAAAGCUGGCAGCCAAUAGGUGGUUAACUUGCUGGGUAGGGCAGAUACAGUUUGAAGUGAAAAAUGGUCUGCAAAGUUUCACUGUUGACUUGGUCAUUGCACACUGCAGUUGUAGUAAGUGGAACAUAACUAGCAUACCAUGUACUCAUGCAAUCACAUGCAUAUUUUUCAACAGACAAGAUGUUGAGCAGUAUGUUCAUCCCUAUUACCAUGUUUCUACAUACAAAGCAUGCUACAAGUCAAUCAUAGCACCAAUCAAUGGGCAUAAUAUGUGGAGACCAAAUUGUGUGACCCUAGUUCAGCCUACUAUCAAAAGAAGACCACUUGGCAGGCCUAAGAAGAAGAGAGCAAGGGAACCUAAUGAGCCAACAAGUAAGAGAGCUGACAUCUCUAAGUAG